CCAACCGGACCCGCUGCUUCUCCUUCUCCUCCUUCUUCUCCUUCUUUGUUCACUUGAACUAUUCGGCAAUAACCACAAGAAUUGCGGCAAUGGACGCUCCCAUUAUGGAUGUGCAAAUUGCUGUGGAUGCUAGCAUUGAAAGAGUGGAAUUCUCUGCUGGAGGGGAAGUUAGUCCAUCUGAAACUGACAGAAUUCGAGAACCAAAUGAAGGGAUGACAUUUGACUCUGAAGCAGCAGCAAGAGCAUUUUAUGUCGAGUAUGCUGGGAGGGCGGGGUUUAUAACCCGUGUGUUGUCAUCCCGUAAAUCUGAGCGUGAUGGUUCGAUUAUAUCACGAGGACUCGGGUGUAGAGGGAUCCCUGAUACUCAGAAGAUAGGAAACGCUGCAACUGUAAAGCGAGAUAGACGACGCGAAGGCUGUGCAGCAAUGCUCCUAAUAAAGAGAGAAAAACCCGGGACAUGGGUGGUAAGAAAGUUUGUGAAGGACCAUAAUCAUCCCCUGAUGGUGUCACUCCCCAAGAGACAUUCAACUUUCGACGAGAAAGACAAGAAAAUUCAGGAACUAACAGCAGAACUUCGAGUCAAGAAACGGCUCAGUGCAGCCUACCGGGAACACCUGCUUGGUAUUAUGAAAGAUGUUGAAAGCCACAGCGAGCAUCUGUCUUCCAAAGUUCAAGCCAUUCGUGAAAAUCUUAGAUCCCUCGACGCUGAAAGGCAGGAGCUUUUAACCCGCGAGAGACCUUAGAAGGUUGGCCGACGCUUCCUCUUCAAUCAAAUUAUGGAGCACGCAAACCUCUUGCUCGUGAGAUGCUAUGGCUUUAACCCAAAGCGCAAGCUCUGAAGCAUGUCUGGUUUCAGGAGAUGUUUCCGUGGCUUGAACUGAUGACGAAAAGCGCAACAGUGAUCAGUUGGUGAUUACACCAAGACCAAACCCAACUUCCUAGCCUUUGAUGUUAAGGUAAAAUCCUUAACUUUCCCACCUUGAUAGUCCUUGUCUUGAUUAAUCUUCAUCUUGUAAAAUAUUUGUCUGAGAAAAGUGAUCUGAGCAUCAUUUUUUCUGUGUUGGGAUCCAUAGCAGACCCCUUUUCUGCUGAAGCUGUUGCUUAAGCUUUUUGGGUUAAUAACAUUCAUGAUGAGGACAAUGUUGUAAUUUAAAACAAUUUGGAUUCUUUGGACUAGUUAACAAUUUAAAACAUGACACACUUAAACUAGUAUAUAUCUAGUAUUACUUGUGUGUUGGACUUAGGUUAAUAAGUUGUAUUAAAAAUUGUUAGCUCUAGAGGUUUGGUUUAUUGUAAUACUAAUUUUUUCACGCGCAAAUGCGCGAAUAAGAUAAUGCCCAAUGUUUAUUUUUA